AUGGCAGACAUACUCAUCCUUGGGACUAAUGGCUACUCUGGUCGUAUAACGGCUAAAUACCUUCUUGAACAUCCACAACGGAAUACGUUCCGACUAGCGCUCGCUGCUCGGACCCGAAACAAAAUAGAAGCCGCAAAUCUCCCCCUCGACAGCUCUGUCCAGUUAUGGGAAGUCGAUGUCACGGAUGAGGUAGCGCUGGAAGAGACCAUCAGUAAAGUAUCGGUAGUCAUAAACUGUGUUGGGCCGUAUUGGAGAACUGGCACCCCAAUCGUUAGAGCCUGCGUGAGACAAGGAAAACACUAUGUUGACAUCACUGGCGAGACUCACUGGAUAUACGACAUCAUUCGGCUCUUCGACUUCCAUGCAACACGCACCCGAUCCAUCAUUGUGCCCUCAUGCGGCUUUGACUCUGCGCCGUCAGACGCGGUCGUAUACGCAGCCAAUAGAGCAUUGAAGGCACAGUAUCCCGAUGCAGAGAUCGAGGACUCAGUCUCGGCCAUUGACGGUCAAACUGGCGGUCUCGGCGCGGGAACCCUUCAGACUGUUCUGUCUAUGUUCCAGGACGUGCCGCCUAAAGUGUUGGAACUAGCCCGGCAGGAUUACUCGCUGAGCCCUGUCCGUGGCGGCGAACCCUACUCUCCGUUCAACUUCCUCUACACGCUGCCAUACCCAUUCCAUGAUAUCAUCGGCGGAUACUCGAUCAUGUCUCCAAUCAACCGCGCCAUUGUCCAACGCACCUUCGGCCUGUUCGAAAUCAGCAAACCUAAAGCGCCGCGACUAUCCUAUGGCUCGCGGUUUCGCUACGACGAGUUCAACAUGAGCAGCAGCGUCAUAGGCGCAUUCUUGACCAGUACGAUCCUCGCCGUGGGCCUCUUCUCGUUGGCUACAUUUGCGCCUGUGCGAUGGUUAUACGGGCGAAUCUUACCGACAUCUGGUAAUGGGCCCUCAGAAGCAAAACUGAAGGCGGGACAUCUGAACAUGACAAACGUCACGACGGCUGCUACCUCUGAGGGCACUCAUGUCAAGGUCAAGAGCGAGCUCAGAAGCAAGGGAUCCCCUUUGUAUACCACAUCUGUCAUCGUCGCAGAAGCCGCGCUUGCCCUCCUGGAUCCGUCCAGCCUGCCCGAGCUCGCGCGACAAGGUGGCGUUUUGACGCCCAUGACAGCCUUUGGAGACGUAUUGCUUGAUCGCUUGGAGAACACCGGCCAGUGGACGCUCUCUGCAGAGAUUCUGAGAAGCGGUACUCUCGAGAACGCGAAGACGAAGUGA